CAAGCAGAAAGUGUCAAGUCGCGCCGCUGCUACGAUGCUCUUGGAUCUGAUGGACCGGUGGAUGUGGUGGAUGAUGGCAUGCAUGUGGACCUGUACAUGGUACGGCAUGCUUGUGACGUUCACCAUCACCACGUUGGUCGUAUCCCUGGGGGACUAUCUCCUCACGCUGGCGCUGCGCCUCGGCGCUGCAUCGAUUGUUGGCAAGUCCAUUAGCAUUCGAUGGUCUUUCCUGCAGGGCUCGUUGGUUGUAGAGAACCUCUGCUUCUCUCCAUCCCUUCUGGAACCACAGAUCACGCCGUACCUUCCCGCAACAGUGGACAAAGCAACGUUGCACCGGGUGUCAUUGUCGGUUCCCAUUUUCGCGAUCCUGUACCAAUUCUUCGCGCGCAAAUUGGACGCCAUCCCGACGUGGGGCAUGGAGGUCGACGGUCUUGACGUCGCGCUCGUCAUCGACCCUGCGAUGAAAUGGCGAUGGAAAGUCCAGGAAAACAAGGCCCGUUUUGCCGCCGCCGUCGAGAAUGCCAAGAGCGCGCGGCUUCAACUUCUGGAAGCACACACCGCACUCAUCUUGCAGAAGCUCGUGGCCCUCGCUACACCUCCACCUCCUUCCCCCUCUCCGACUGCGACUGUCGCUACGUCCGCAAGCUCGCACGAAGUCUUGUUGGACGCCAUUGCGCAAAAAGUCAAGGUCUCUUUCACGAACAUCGCGAUCAAGCUGUUUGCUCCCACGACAGGCUCGUUGACGUUCCAAUGGUCUGCGUUUCGACUGUGUCCUUCGACCGUCCUGGAUCCGCUGCUGGAAUCGCGCCAGAUUGAACUGCUCGGGGUCGGGAUGGCCAUCAACCCGUUGGAUGCCAAGACGAACCUCGUCACAACGGCGACGACGUCGGUGUUGUAUCCGUUCGACCUGCGCAUCGUCGCAGAUCACGCGCCGGUCCUGCAGGGUCUCCUCAAGACAAGCAAGGACGUACACGUGGCAUUGGAGUGGCCGGAGCUCCACCUGUCCAUGGAACCGACGCAAAUGGCGACACUGAACGCGAUCGUGGCGCCCAUGGCGGACCAUGCGACGUGGUUGGCCCAAGCCGCGGUGACCGAUCAAUUAACUUGUGUGGACAUUGGCGACCCGACCCAGUACAUCUCGGAUUACAAGGCCCACGUCGCAUACACAUCGCAAGGCAUUGUUCCCAUAUGGCGCGACACCUGCCUCCGCCGUUUCCAUUCUCUGCUUGGCUCUGCGGUCGGCAGCAACCCCAGCGAAGACGAGGCGCACCGCGUGGCCCGAUUGCAAGCGGUGGAAGCAACGAGUGUGGUCAUGGACGUGCUGGCGCUCCGUCGAGAGGCCCUGGCGUGGCCGAUCCCGUCGUACGGGGACGCGCUGCCGCACAUCUCGGACACGACCAAAGCGGCUGCCGACUUGGACAAGUUCCUUGUCACGCCCGUGGAGCAUUACAUUGCGAAACCAAACGCGCCGCCGUCGCCGCCGUUUUUGAACGACUUGACGGUGGCGCUAGCCCUCGAUCGCGUGAGUGUGCAGUGCUGGUCUAGCCACACCAAGCCCGUGCUGGAGCUGUACAUGGACGCGAUCUCCACGACCAUGACGGCGACUCCCACGGCCACAUCGGUCGAGUUGAUUGUGCGAAGCAUUGGCCUGCAUGACCUGCGGAAAACGGCGGCGAAUGUGUUUCCCCACAUUUUGGGUCGAAACCCUGACUGCUCCAACAUGGUGCAAGUGGCGUGUCGCGUCGACUCGGCCAACGACGUGACGGUCAACUGCGUGGUCGCCAACUUCAGCUUUUUGCUAGUCACGAGUCCCCUCAUCGAAGCCAUGCAAGCUCUGGCACUGGACGAGGAUGAAGAUGUGCUGAUAUGGAGAGAUGAUGUCGUGGUGCCGCCGCCGCCAUCGUCGCCGCCCGUCGUGUAUAUGGAGCAAGUGGACCGCAUCCACAACCCGACGCUGCUGCAGAGCAUGGGAUUAGACGCGACUGUCCGGCUCGCGGGGUGCGAACUGUGUCUGCUGGCCGAUCCGUCGUCGCUGCAGUCGCACAUUCUGGCUUUGACGUGCGAUGUGGAGGUCAGAGCCCAGAGCAACCGCCGCGGGUUCGAAACCGUCACAAUUGCCAUGUCGGACGUGGCGCUGCAGCCGUGCAAGGUGCAGAUGACAGCCGACGGCAUCGAUCUGGAGAUCCCUGGGUUGCGCACGCUGUUGGAGCUCGAAGGCGACGGCGUCGACGUGGAAGUGCACUAUGAGAUGCACCUCCCGAUGCCACCGCCCACGGCUGACCCGCCCGCCAAGACGGCGUCGUCGUCGGUGAAGUCGGAAACCAAACGGGCAUGGGGAGUGUUGAAGAAGGCGAUCGAGGAAGGCGCCGUGCCCGACGCGUCGACGUCGACGUCGGUGGUGGCCGUGGGGGGCGCGCCGGCGCAGCCGCGCCUCUCGGGGUCACUGGCCCCCGUUGUGGACAACGUCGCCCAGCGCAAACUCCGCUUGAAAGUGUCGGACUUUGCGUUGAAUGUGUCGAAGGAGGACAUUGGGCUGUUUGGGGCCAUCCAAUCGCGCUUGGAAGUCCAGCUGGAGGUACCGGCCAAGGUGCUCGAAGCCGCACAGGGCAAGGCCGACCGCGUGUCGGAAGCCCGGAAACGGCGCCUGCAAGAAGAACUAACGUCGCGGCUGCGGCACCAGUUCGACGCACUCGAUACAGACGGCGGCGGGUCCCUCGACUAUGGCGAGCUCAUGAAGCUGGUCGAGGUGCUCGUGGCCGACAUGGGCUUGACGGCCGAAGAAACGCAAAAGUGCCACGAAACGCUUGUUCGUCAGGUGGACCGCGACGAGAGCGGCGACGUGAGCUUUGACGAGUUUGAAGCAGCACUUAACCCUGUGGAGCCGCCAUACCUGCUGCUGCAUCAGGGAACUGUCCAGCUCACGGCGCAAGAGUUCGCGAACCCGCGGCUCCGGCGAAACCACGUGCCCCGCCUGCACCGGGUCACGGGCCAACCGGUGCACUUGAACGACGCGGCGGCGCUGGCCGUGUUUUGGAAGAAGUACGAGCUGCAGACGGGCGCAUCCAAGACGUCGCUGCACCAGCAGUCGCCGCGCGUCGUCCAGGAGAAGAUGGUGCGCGUGUUCAAGAGCUUGGAGUAUGCCCAGGAAGCAUGGACGACGCUCGUGAACCCCAACUUGAAGCCGGCCGAGCAGUGUCCGUGGAUGCUGCUGCCGCGCGAAGUGGCGGGCGCGGGUACGGCGCAGUUUGAGCAGACGCUGACCAAGCAGGGCACGCUGGACAAGGCGACGAGUCUGCGUCAUGUGUCGGGACUCGACCUGAACCAGUUUGAGCAGGACCCAGUGAUUAUCCGGACCGAAGUGCACACUGAAUUUGGCGGAUUUUACUUUCGCAUGGUGGACAAGAUGCUUCCCGCGCACACGCCGGCGCUCGAGUUUGCACUGGAAGACGUGCAGCUCCACGGCAGUGUCACGACCAAAGAGACCAGCGCCAAGCAAGCGCUGGACGCGGUCGUGCUCACGUUUCACACGGCACUGUACUGCAAGUACUACAACACGUCGGCGCGCCAACUGGAGCCGUUCAUCGAGUACUACCCCCUGCAAAUGGCAGUGAAGAAGGACCCAGGCCAAGACUUGGCCUGUUACCUCGUGUCGGACUACCACUUGCAGAUGAAUGUCACGGCGACGUUCAUGAAGGCCCUGACGGCAACCCAAGCCGCGUUUUACGACGCGCCCACCCGCCCCGACGCAGUCGAGCGCGACAACAUCAAGGCACUCAAGGGACUGUGCUGGAUCUGCAACCAGGUGGGGGUGCCGUUUACUUACUAUGUAGAGUCGCGCAAAGCGGAUAAGCACAAGGGGGCGACGGAGGUGCAAGUGUCGCUAGCAUCCGAAAAAGCCACAGUGCAGUCGCUGCAGUACGCCGUGUGUCGGCUGCUGAACGAAGAGGAUGACUUGAAGGGCGCGAUGGCCGAGAACUUGAAAGAGAAGGAGAUGCGCGCAGCGUUCCGGGCUGCCGACAAGGACCACAGCGGGGAGCUCGACAGCGACGAAGUGCACGAAGUGCUGCGAUCUGUUUUGAAAGUGUACGACGACCUGUCUUCGGCCGAGAUUGACAAGCAAGUGAAGGACUUUAUGGACCUUGCCGACUCUGACAAGAGCCAAACCGUGAGCUGGAAAGAGUUUCAACUGGCGCUGGCCAAGACGCGCACGGUGGCGCUGCGCACGCUGAGCAUUGAAAUCGACGGCUUUGAGCCGAUUCACGGGAUUACGCUGGACGGACUGGGCGAAGACAUGGUGGUGGAGCUCAUCCCCAAGAUUUCCAUCCCGUUCGACCCGACCAACAUCGAAAGCAUGUACAACGCGGGCAAGGCGUACCUGACGCAAGAAGACGUGUCCGUCGACGACUUGAACCGUGGCGUGUACCUGAUGCACCUUGUCGCAGAGCAGGACCCACGUCACAGCUGGACGCAGUCGUGGCUAGACAUCCACGAGCCCAAGUAUUGCCCGCGGCUCUUGGCGGUGCACGUCACAGUGGACAACACCCACGGCAUGACGGUAACGAUCAAGACAGCCGAGUACAUCCGCAACGAAACGGCCAAGCUCACGCAGGUGCUGCUGCUGGACGCCCACGACGCGCCGUCGGAGCUGAAUCCACCGCAACCAGACUCGAACGGCCUCGUGGAGCGCUACGUGCUUAUCGCGCCGUACUCGAGCUUUAGCAUCCCGCUGCCGCUGCUCGAGCACGGCGCGUUUAUGAUUCGGCAAGUGGGCGAAGUCGAGUGGAGCCAUUCGCUGCCGCUGACGGUGUGGCCGGGGCGCCAGACUGGCCACGAUGUGACACCGUACCUGACGAUUGACGACCAGCCCACGACCAUCGAGCGGUUCAAGGAAGGGGCGUGGGCGAUUGUGCUCCGCCCGCAGCUGAUUGUUCAAAAUACGCUGCCGUGCGUGGUCGAGUACAAGAUUGUGCAGCGCUUUGACGUGUACCCAGAGGCGGCGUCGUCGUCAUCCACCGGGCGUCGGGGCUCGAUCGACGUGAUGGAUAAGUGGUUUGACAAGGUGGACCAAGUGAACUGUCGACACAUGUCGAUAGCCAGCGGCGCCACGAUGCAAGUGUCUGGCCUCAAGCUGGACGAACCCGCGUACAUGAAGGUGCGGCUCAUGGUGACCGAGGGCCACCCCGUCGGCGGGUGGAGCCCGCCGUUCCAAGUGGCCAUCCACGCCGACAGUUAUGAAAAGUUCUCCGGCCUCGCGACCACAACCGUACGAAAUGGACCAACGGUCCAGCUCAAGUACACGUGGACGAAGCACGUACCUCGGACGAUGGACCUACUGGUACCAUAUUGGAUUCAGAACCGAUCGGGACUGGACCUCCGGUACAAGAUUGCCCACGGCGACUUUUGCACGUGGGAACAGCACGCCGAGUACUUUGGCGACGGGUUUCACACGGUGCCGAUGCUCGUGACUGCGCCCUUGACCAAAGCCACCAUGGCGGUGCUGCCGUAUCGCCCCACGCCGUUUGAGUUUGACUGGCAGGCGUCGUUGGCACCACAAGUGCGAAAGUUUCUGCCGGCAUUUGAAUCGCUCAAGUACUCGCAACCGAUCGACAUGACGGCCGUGGGUACGUUUAGCGAACUCUCGUGCGGGGUCUCGGGGUGUGUGCUCGGCUACGAGAUUGCCGCGGCGCCAAGUCAAUUUCAGCAGUCGAAAGUGCUUGUGCUUUUGCCACGAUAUGUUGUCGUGAACCAAGUCCAACGCCCGUUGCAGUUUACCGCGCUCACACUCGCGAUCAAAACAGCAUCGGCGGACAAUUUCAAUGUUCUGCUCAAACCUCACCAAGCGCUGAUCAUCUACCGAUUCCGAGGCAAAGAUAAGCAAGUGCCUGCAUUGCGCUGUCGGGACGCCCUUGUGAACGACGUGUGGAAGGGCCCAGGACCGUGGGCCCCCGUCGUGCCGUUGAGCGUGAAGCAAGCUACGUGCGUGUGGCUGCGGGGGCCACUCGGGGCCGCGCCGUACAUUGAGAUGGACGUGCAGCCCAGUGGGGGCACGACUGCGACGACGUUUGUGCUGGUGAAGGAUCGGACGCUGUCGCCGGCGAUUCGCAUUGAAAACCGAUCGACGCAGUACGCGCUGCGAUACGUGCAGCUGGGGGUCAAGUCGGCACAGGAGCUGGUGGUUCCCCCCAUGCGAUGGCACACGUUUGCGUGGGAUAGUCCGUUCGAGUCUGAUUUGAAGCUCAAAGUGUAUAUCGGAUCGACGGCUGCGCCAACGCACGUGGACUUGAUGCAGAUGAAAGCUUUGGAAAAGCUCACGACGGAUGAAGGGCGGACGACUUUGUACGGUGAAGUGUACAUAGACGGCAACACGCGCGUGCUGGCGGUGGGCGACGAGGCUGUUUUCCAUGAGGAUCGUCGGCUGAUGGGGGACGACCUGGUACGCGACAUGGUGCUGGAUGUGGGCCUGCACGGCGUCGGCAUCACGAUCGUCGACGACACGGAGGUGAUGAACGUGACCCUGGAUGGGCUGCAUAUGACGUCGCCCGCGCACUCGAACGCUGUCACAUACGACUUGCACCACUUUCAGGUGGACGAUAUGACGUAUCGGCCCAUGUUUCCCGUGUUGAUUUGCCCCGCGGAUUCCGGGUACAACAGCAACAAGAAAGAAGGCUGGCUGGUGGAGCACGGCGAACACCCGUGGUUUCACAUGGUAAUCGACAGCGUCGCAGACGGGAGCAUGCUGGUCCUGAAUGAGUUUGUGGUGGCGAUGGGCAGCUUGGACAUUAAGCUCAACUUGGACUAUAUCUUGCACGUGCUCGACGUGUUUUGGUCCAUCCUGUACCCGCCGCAGACGGCGGACGAGAUGGAGUUGGCAGGUCAAGUGGCCGUCCGCCAGCUGCUGAACCAGCGCCUCGAGGUCCCCGACGCUGCCUCGCUGGGUCAGUUGAUGUACUUCAAGCACUGCGAGAUCCAAGCGUAUCGACUGAACGUGGUGCUGCACUCUGCGCCGGAAGACUCGGACUCGGGACUGAGCAAGAUGCUCGGCAGCACGGCCGGCAACAUCAUUGGCGGCAUCGCGCACAUUACGCCCGAGUUUUACAUCCGCAACGUGACGAGGGACGACCGAUUCCUGUAUUACGACGACUUUUUGUGGAACACUGUGAUCUUCGACACGAUUGUGGGCAGCUGCGUGAGCCAAUGGUACAAGGUCGUGGGCAGCAUGGAAGUACUGGGCGACCCCGUGGGUCUCUUGCACGAGUUUACGGAUGGCUUGGCGUUGGCUGUGCGGCAGACAAAGCGAGAAUUCACGGGCAAGAGCAGACACAAGGGGCAGGGCGCGGUCACGUUGAUGCAAACGUUGAUUGGCGCGCCGAGCGAAGCGAUUGGGAAGGCGAGCAACGGCGUGGGCGACAUUUUGAAGAAGGCGACGCAGUUUGAAAGCCAGGAGAACGAGUCGGAGCCGCGCCAUUUGCCCGAGGGUAUGCUCCAGAGCGGGAUGGUGCUGGGUAAAAGUCUGGCGUACGGGGUGUCUGGCCUCGUGACCAAACCCAUGGAUGGGAUGAAAGAGAGCGGAUUUGGCGGGUUUGCCAAGGGCGUGGGCCAGGGGGCCGUGGGGCUCGUGGCGUCGCCGUUCAUUGGGGUGAUUGGCGUGGUGGAGAAGUUGAGCCAAUCGAUGCACAACACGACGCACUUGAUGGACGAGAAGCACUACGAAGGCACGCGGCGGAUUGCGCGGAAAGGCGCGCUCAAGUCGAUUGAAGACUCGCCGCUUUUGGCCGAAAUUGAGGUUCUGCUGGACAAGGUGUCGGGCGUGCCGCUCAAGUCGAACGUCAAGGUGUAUGUGACUCUGAACGAACUACUGCAGCCCGCGGACCCAUCGACGCCCGUGUGGCGCCGCAUCGGCAAGGAAGUGGACAAGUUCAAGUCGAAAACCAGACGGCAUGCGAUGGGCCAAGCCGACUUGAACCAGUCGCGCAUUGUGGACGUGACCUCGAUUGACAUGGUGCUGGUGUUUGAUGUCGUGCAUAAACGCAAGCCGCUGCCCCGGAAAUCCCUCGGCAAACUGUACUUGACCAUGGAACAAGUGUACGAGCACUUUGCGGCCAUGCCGAAGCGGUUUAAAAGCAACGCGACUAUCAAGGAGCACCUCAAGUCCCGCAAAGUCCACCAAGGAUCGAUCUUUGCGCAGAGCCUCGAGCCGCCAAAAGUGCUGAAAUCCAAAAAAGAGUCGCCGCCGCUGCCGCCGUUGACGGGGCACGCGGCAGGGUGGGAGCAGGCGUUUCAGCGUGCGGCGAACAUCUUGAAGGAAGAGCACGACACGCACAGCUACACGGCGUCGGGCAGCGUCCACCAGCGGACGAGCCAGUCGAACAUGAGCAAUGGCAGCGCGAGCGGACCAAGGGAAGACGCGACGCUGCCGCCCAAGAAAUCCAUUGCGUUUGCACUGGUCGAAACCGACGAAGGGGCCCCGAAACUCCACCUGAACAUUCGGUACUUCAACACGAUGCGGUCGUAGCCCCCAGAUGAUUCCUCUCAGCCGACAACAUAAUUUGAAUAAUGAGAUGUGUAUGUGUGCAUGGAAA